ACAGCAAAAUUUUCAAGUGCUGCUGGUAGUACAGAGAAUAAUCUGAUGCCCGCAGCAGCGACACUACCAAGGGUACAUCAGUCAUCUGAUGAAGGACAUGAAAACAUGACCAAUAUCCUCAUCUCUUCGGGCGAGCUGCACAAUCGAAGGAGCCGAGGAGUCAAAAGUUUGGGACGUUGUAGCCCUCCAGACCUUACAGGGAAUAACACUGACACUGGAAGCUCCCCUGUAGAUGCCUCAGAUGAAAUUAUGGAUCGAUUGGUUCAAUCUGUCACCCAAAACCCAAAUCCAAGAGUAUCGGCACCUAAGGAACGCAAGAGAUCAAGAGCAAAUAGAAAGUCAUUGAGAAGAACCCUGAAGAGUGGUUUAAGUGAUGACUUGGUGCAAGCUCUGGGAUUAUCAAAAUCUUCGGAAGUAUCUGUGUGAGCUUUCACCAUAAAGACUGUUGCAAUUUGUUCUCUGCUCCUGUAAUGGAAGCUGAAGCUAUGGCUCCCACAGACCACGUAUUACACCCCUUUGUGCAUGGAACAGGCAAAGUGGCUGCUUGGAUGUUGCCAGUGAAAGAAAAACAAUGAGAAGACAGCUAUGUAUGGUAGCUAUGCAUGAGCACCUUUACUGUCAGAGGACCGCAUCUUCUCUAAAUGAGUUUAACACUCUUUCAGAUGUUUUUAUAGCUUAGGACUUUAAUAAACAACUGGUUUUAAAAUGGAACCCAAAUAUUUAAUUCACAGAGCCACAAACUCAAUAUAUAGACACCAUAGAGAGUCUGUUCUCCGCCCUUAGCUCAUUUCUAUGCAAGGACCAAUACUUGCUAAGAAAAAAAAACCCACGUCUUUGGAAUUCUCAUUAUCUUUGUAGAAGGUGACAACCACUAUUUGGAUCUCUUUAGGAAACUGGUAAUAAGCUACAGAGAAGUUAUAUAUGCUGAGACCCAGCUAAUAGUUUGAAAGAUUUCAUAGUUAACUCAAUAGAAGGAUUUCUAAAGUGCAAACGCUUGUUUUAUAUUCACUACUGCUGUAUACAGGUCUGCAUGUCACUUUUCAUAGGCCAGAAAUAUGUAUAUAUAUUUUUAUAUAAUAACAUUGGUUUUCAUA